GCGGCGCGGGCGGGAGCGGCCCCGCCCGGAACCUGGGAGCGGCGACGCCGGCGCGGGGGAGGGGAGGCCGGAUGUGAGUGGAGCGGCCAUUUCCUGUUUCUCUGCAGUUUUCCUGAGCUUUGGGUGGUGGCCGCUGCCGGGCUUGAGCUUCCAGUCCGCGGAGGGCGAGGCGGCGUGGACAGCGGCCCCGGCACCCAGCGCCCCGCCGCCCUCAAGCCGCGCGCUCGUCCGCCGCGCCCCGAGCCCGCCGCUUCCUAUCUCAGCGCCCUGCCGCCGCCGCCGCGGCCCAGCGAGCGGCCCAGAUGCAGGCCAUCAAGUGUGUGGUGGUGGGAGACGGAGCUGUAGGUAAAACUUGCCUACUGAUCAGUUACACAACCAAUGCAUUUCCUGGAGAAUAUAUCCCUACUGUCUUUGACAAUUACUCUGCCAAUGUUAUGGUAGAUGGAAAACCGGUGAAUCUGGGCUUAUGGGAUACAGCUGGACAAGAAGAUUAUGACAGAUUACGCCCCCUAUCCUAUCCGCAAACAGUUGGAGAAACGUACGGUAAGGAUAUAACCUCCCGGGGCAAAGACAAGCCGAUUGCCGAUGUGUUCUUAAUUUGCUUUUCCCUUGUGAGUCCUGCAUCAUUUGAAAAUGUCCGUGCAAAGUGGUAUCCUGAGGUGCGGCACCACUGUCCCAACACUCCCAUCAUCCUAGUGGGAACUAAACUUGAUCUUAGGGAUGAUAAAGACACGAUCGAGAAACUGAAGGAGAAGAAGCUGACUCCCAUCACCUAUCCACAGGGUCUAGCCAUGGCUAAGGAGAUUGGUGCUGUGAAAUACCUGGAGUGCUCGGCGCUCACACAGCGAGGCCUCAAGACAGUGUUUGACGAAGCGAUCCGAGCAGUCCUCUGCCCACCUCCCGUGAAGAAGAGGAAGAGAAAAUGCCUGCUGUUGUAAACGUCUGAGCCCCUCGUUCUUGGUCCUGUCCCUUGGAACCUUUGUACGCUUUGCUCAAAAAAAAAAAAAAAACGGUGGAGCCUUCGCACUCAAUGCCAACUUUUUGUUACAGAUUGAUUUUUCCAUAAAACCAUUUUGAACCAAUCAGUAAUUUGAAGGUUUUUGUUUGUUCUAAAUGUAAGAGUUCAGACUCACAUUCUAUUAAAAUUUAGCCCUAAAAUGACAAACCUUCUUAAAGCCUUAUUUUUCAAAAGCCCACCCUAUUCUUGCUCAGAUUAAGAGUUGCCAAAAUACCUUCUGAACUACACUGCAUUGUUGUGCUAAGAACACCAAGCACUAAACUGUGUAAGGACCUUCGUCUUUGAGAAGACUGUAGCCUCUGCAGUUAGGAGAUGCAGACACUUGCUCAGUAGUUCUCAGAUGUGUAAAGCAGAACAGCCUCCCGAAUGGUGCGUUGCCAUUGAACUCACCAGUGAUUUAGCGGCCCAUGUUCACGACAUAACAUUGUACUGUAAUGGAGUGAGUGUAACAGCUCAGCUCUUUGGAUCAGUCUUUUUGAUUUCAUAGUGAGUUUUCUGACCAGCUCUUGUGGAGAUUUUGAACAGAACUCGUGUUUCCUCUAAUGAAGAAUUCUGUUUAGCUGUGGGUGUGCCGGGUGGGGUGUGUGUGAUCAAAGGACAAAGACAGUAUUUUGACAAAAUACGAAGUGGAGAUUUACACUACAUUGUACAAGGAACAAAAGUGUCACGGGUAAAAACUCUAAAAGGUUAAUUUCUGUCAAAUGCAGUAGAUGAUGAAAGAAAGGUUGGUAUUAUCAGGAAAUGUUCUUAAGCUUUUCCUUUCUCUUACACCUGCCAUCCCUCCCCAAAUUGGGCAUUUAAUUCAUCUUUAAACUGGUCGUUCCCUUAGUCGCUAACUUAGUAAGUGCUUUUCUUAUAGGACCCCUUCUUACUGAGCAAUAUGCCUCCUUGUAUUAUAAAAUCUUUCUGAUAAUGCAUUAGAAGGUUUUUUUGUAGAUGAGUAAAAGUGCUUUCCAUGUUACUUUAUUCAAAGCUAAUAAGUGCUUUCCUUAGUUUUCUAGUAACUAGGUGUAAAAAUCAUGUGUUGCAGCUUUAUAGUUUUUAAAAUAUUUUAGAUAAUUCUUAAACUAUGAACCUUCUUAACAUCACUGUCUUGCCAGAUUACUGACACUGUCACUUGACCAAUACUGACCCUCUUUACCUCGCCCACGCAGACACACGCCUCCUGUAGUCGCUUUGCCUAAUGAUGUUCCUUUGGGUCUGUGAGGUUCUGUAAACUGUGCUAGUGCUGACAAUGUUCUGUACAACUUAACUCACCGGCAAGAAUACAACGCGGAACCUUUCAGCCACGACAACAGGAUUUUUUAAAUUGACAGUUGCAGAAUUGUGGAGUGUUUUUACAUUGAUCUUUUGCUAAUGCAGUUAGCAUUAUGUUUUGCAUGUAUGACUUAAUAAAUCCUUGAAUCAUACAACUGGUAA